GGGAUUUCAGGUAUGGGAACUGUUGGAUGAUAAAGGCGAAAUGUAAUGAGACAGAGGUGUACUGUACCCCGCCAUUGCCCAGUCAGGUCAGUUAACAAUGACUGGCUCUACACUGAACUAAUGCACUGGAUCGCAAUCCGAACUGACAGCUCCGACCUUCCACCCGAAUCGGGGCUGGAACCCCGCCCUGCGCCCUGGCCCUGGCCCUGGCCCUGGCCCAGUGACCGCAUCACCACCGGCUCGUCCUCCGUCGAUAACGAUAAGUCCUCCAACUACUCGUGAGCUCCCCAUUGUGAACCGACCUCACCACCAAACAAUCCUACAAUUCACCCGCCAUCAACCAGGCAGCGCACACACACAUUCACAAUGUCUUCCCCAAACCACUCACCCCCCGGCAUCCUCCACGAAUACGCCCCCCACCUCGUCGCCUUCGAAUUCACGACCCCCACUAACGACCCCAAACCCAACACCCUCCUCUUCAUCGGCGGCCUCACCGACGGCCUGCACACGGUGCCCUACGUGCGCACCCUCGCGCAGGCCCUGCCACCAACAAGCACCUGGAGCGUGUUCAACCUCCUCCUCAGCAGCUCCUACAGCGGCUUCGGCACGGGCAGCCUGGACAUGGACGUAGCCGAGAUCGCCCAGUGCAUCGAGUUCAUCCGCACGCGGCUGCCGCACAAGGCCGCCGGCAAGAUCGUCCUCAUGGGCCACUCGACGGGCAGCCAGGACGUCCUGCACUACCUGCACUCGCAUCCCCCAACCCGGCCGGCGGUCGAUGGGGCGAUCAUGCAGGCGCCCGUCUCGGAUCGCGAGGCGCUGCUGGUCAAGAUCCAGGACGCCGACACCUUGAAGCAGAAUGAAGUGCGGGGCGCCUACGAGCAGCUCGUGCAGAUGGCGCGCUCCGGGCCCGCCACCUUCCUCCUGCCCAUGGACUUGCUCGCCCGCGUGGGCCUCCCCGAGAACACGCCGGUCACGGCGCAGCGGUUCUGGAGCCUGGCGAGUCCCGACAGUCCCCAGCGGCCGAGCGCGGAUGAUCUGUUCAGUUCGGAUCUGGGCGAUGAGAGCCUCGCGGCGACGUUCGGGAAGGUGACCGAGAGGGGGCUUCUGAAAGGGAGGUUGAUGGUUCUGUUCUCGGGGGCGGACGAGUAUCUGCCCCCCUGGGUGGAUGUGCCGGGGUUGAUGGGGAGGUGGAGACAGGCCGUGAAUGUUGGGGGCCAAGAUCUCUGGGAUGAUGAGGGGAGUGCAGCCAUUGAGGGGGCGAGUCAUAAUGUGAGUGACGUGGGGCAGGAGGAGCUGGUGCAUCGGGUCAGUCUGUUCUUGGAGAGAGUUGAGAAGCAAACCUGAACGCCGUGGAGAGUUAUCUGCACCAAUAUCUUCCAUUCGGCCAAGAGCCAAGGAGGGGAGGAGAAGUCCCUAAAAAUGUACAUACUAGAAGAGAGCAAGAACAACAACGGGGGAUUUUCACGGACAAGAAAAGACAACGGAGGGUAUAGUUAGAUG